UUUAUGCAAAGGCUUUCAGGCAAGGUUGACACAUUUCACACAGACGUCGUGUUAUCGUUGUGACUCAGAAAUUUUACACAGAAGGCCAAAGUUGGGUGUGGGCCAUUUUGAAGUUCUUCUAACAUACAUUACAUCAGCCAAAAACAGACUCACAAGAAUGCAAAUGAAUGAUGAACAUUCUAGAAAGCAAUAUGGCAUCUGAAUUCUGUCUCAGCAUCACCAAAUACUUCCUGUUUCUCUUCAACAUAAUCUUUCUUUUUUUAGGGUCCACCUUGUUGUCCCUUGGAUUAUGGAUAAAAUUGUCUAAGACAAAUUUUCUAUUACCUGACCCACACUACAUAUCCCUGCCGCUCUUCUCUUAUAUGCUGAUCACCGGUGGUUCUGUCGUUGUGUUAUUGGGCUUCUUUGGAAGUAUGGGUGCUCUGAAGGGGGUCAAAUGCAUGCUGGGAUUUUACCUCUUCCUGCUUAUCCUACUCUUCACUGCUCAGAUAGUCUGUGCGGUUUUGCUCUUUACACAGUGGAGUUCAUUUAAAGAAGUUCUAGAAGACCAUGUUGUUCAACUUAUUAAGACGUUUGGGAAGAAUGAUUCAUCUCUACAAGAUUUUGAAAGGAGCUUUCAGGUCAUUCAACAUGAGGCUCAGUGCUGUGGCUGGCAUGGAAUAGAUGACUGGGGCCAUACUAAACCCGACUGCUCCUGUUGGUACCAAACGAAUGCCACAGCUAAUAAUACCGAUCAUAGCCAUUUCUCAGACCCAUGUCCCUGUGGGCCGCAUCCCCCAUCAAACUUCACGUGUGCCCAUUAUAAUCAGGGAUGUCAAAACAUUAUUACAAAUUGGCUGGAUGAGCACUUUUUGAUCAUUAUUGGUGUGACUCUUGCCAUAGCUGUGGUGGAGUUUCUUCAGUGGGUGUGUCUUGUGACAUUCUGUUGUCUAAAUAACAACUGCCGCUGUUGCCCCCUGAGAAAGUCGCAUGGCAGCCAGGUUCAGCUCUCCAGAGAUUUCAGUGUGGAGUAUUGGCAAGAUAUGUGGUACGAUCCUUUCGAUGUUUCUGUAUAAACGGGGGUCCAGGGAUUACAUCAUGACUCUCUACCGCUAACCUUCAAUGGAGUGCAAAAGAUCAGCUAAAAGACUUUAAUGUAGUUAAUGCUCAUUUUGUAAUUCAUCAUCAUUUUUAAUUUCUGUACAUCACUGUACACACAUUUUUGUAUUAUCAUAUGGUGACAUUCUUUUUGAUGUAAAUAAAUAAUAUCUUUAAAUAUGUUUUCUCUGUUGUUAUCAUGUUUGAAAUUCCCCAGUAUUUGAUCUUCUCAAAAGUUCUUUUGGCUGGCUGUUUUAAAAUGCAUGCCAGAGACUUCUGUUUCAUAUCUUCAUGUCUGUGCUGUUUAUCCCCUGGCUGGAACAAGAUAGAGUGACCCAUUUAUUAUAUUUCACCAGCAUAAUGCCUCUUCAUUGUUAUAUGAACACAAAGGGUGACCUCAAUCCUGUAGUGAUUUUUUUUUUAUUGUUUUAUCAUGUUUGAAUAAAGGUGUUAUCUUUUAAUGAGGUA